UCAUGCUGAUGUUUAUUGUUUUGCUGGUGGCUUAUGCCACCGGUACCAUGGCAAUGAUCCUGGGAGCAGGGGAGAAGGCGAUGGAAAUAAAGACGUUUCUUGUGACUGUCUAUUUUGUAUUUAUGAUGGUCAUCUUGGGUAUGACUCUGAAUUUUGGCACCACAACACCUUGGCUCUCAUGGCUUGAGUACUUGAGUAUUCCUCAUUAUGGCUAUAUGGCUUUGCAACAUAAUGAAUUUUUGGGACAAAACUUCUGUCCAGAACUCAAUGCAACAGAAAUCAGUGGCUGUGCCAGCUAUGUGAUGUAA